UCAAACUGAACAAUAUAGUGCAUCGACAGUUCGACAUUGCCCGUCUCAUCCGAGAAAAAAAGGUGAUGGUUUCCUGAACCCGUGCAACGGAUAAGAAGGCCAGAAAGCAGUGUCAUUGCCAAUGGCGUCUGCCCUCAUCGCCCCGAAGAGCAUCUGCUCCACAAAUUUAUUACACAACUCUUGUAAUCUUGCAGUUUCAUUGGUCCCAAUAAACUUCAUUGCAGUUAAUUCAACUAAGAGCGGCCAUAAGUCGAAGCUCAAGCAUCUCCCAAGAGCAUCCUCUUCUGAAGGAGUUCCUACUGAAUUAAUUGAAGAUUCAAAAUUUGUCCCAUUGAACGCCGAUGAUCCAAGAUAUGGUCCACCUGCUUUAUUGCUGCUAGGAUUUGAAGUUCAGGAGGCAGUGAAGAUACAAAAACUUUUAAAAGAGAUGGAUGGUGAAUUCCUGGAGGUUAUUUAUGGUACUGAAGAAAUGAUAAAUCGUCCACUUUGGGAAGUGAUGAAUACAAAACAAACCAACCUUGAAGCCUUGAAGAUAGCAAAGUCACUGCCACGGAUCUGCUUCUUAUCUGGGCUUAGUGGGGAGGAGAUGAUGAUGUUCAUUGAUGCCUUCCCAGAAACUGGACUUGAACCAGCUGUAUUUGCAGCUCUUGUCCCUAACAGUGCUGAUAAACCACUACAAGAGUUGAUAGAAGAGAUAAUGGGGGACCAUGAUAUGCUGGUAAGCACUUGUUUCCUUGCUGCAGUGUACUGUACUGUGAUUAUGCCCUUUGCCUCCUUAAUUGUGAUAGAAUUUUGACUUGCAUGCAGUCUGCAAAGAAGUCGGGAUAGAAAGGCAUGUGGAUUAAAGACUUGCGAGGAUUGAGAAUCAUACUCUCUCAUGAGAUUUCAGAGUUUAAUGUUUAAUUAUAGAGGUGAUCCAGCUUUCAUGUCAAGCAAGGUUAUUUUAUGAUCUGUUAAAAAAAGGGUACAAUUGCUGAUCUGAAAAAGCAUCCAGGAUUGUUUCUUUUUUUUUUGUGACAAUGUCAUUGACCAGAGUACAUAUAUAUAAAGAUACAAGUGAUUAAUCUCUUACAAA